UAUACAAGACUUAACUGUGAAAGAAAGAUUGUUAAGAGAAGAGAAACUUACACUGGAAAAAGCUAUAAGUAUGGCUAGAGCAGCCGAAGCGUCGAAGGAACAGAUUAAAGUCAUGAAUGCUAGGGCGCAGUCGAGCGAAGCAAAUCAGUCGGUAAAUGUUCUUCGAUAUGACGCCAAUCAAGGAAAAGGGCAGAUAGGUAGUCGCCGUGAAAAAACAAAGUCCGAAAAGUGUGGAUUCUGUGGUAUGGUACACGCAUUAAGAUCUUGCCCGGCAUUCGGCAAAACAUGCAACUAUUGUAAGAAGACAGGACAUUUUGAGCGUGUGUGUCGAGCGAAGCAACGACAACGUGACUCUAGACCGAGAGAAGUGAAUGUCUUGGGGGAAUUCGAAGACGGCGAAGUUAGCGAGGAUGAUUUAUUGACAUUUUCAGUAGAGUCAAAUAACGAGGGCAGCUCAAAGAAUGACUGGCAUGUCCAGCUUAAGUUUGAAAAAACGGAUUUGAAUUUCAAAUUAGAUACGGGGGCAGAUUGUAAUGUGAUUUCGCAAUCGUCGUUUGAGCAAUUGUCACUAACAAAUACAAGAAUUUUCAAAAAUAAGAGCAAGUUGAAGAUGUUCGAUGGCCGUAAGAUAACUCCGAAAGGAAAAGUCAGCUUAGAGUGCGAGUAUAAAGGCAAAUUUACCGUUUUAGACUUUGUACUAGUUGAACAAGAUCUACCAUCGAUUUUAGGAUUAAAAUCCUGUCUAGAACUCGGGUUGGUAAAGCGAGUUUAUAGCUUGGAAGUGGACCCACCGAAGAUCGAAAUAGAAUUCAGUGACGUUUUCGAAGGUCUGGGAGAGAUUAAAGAUGUUCAGUACCAGAUUAAGAUCGAUCCGGUGUCCAUUCCAGUGGUGCAUCCUCCUCGAAGAGUUCCUAUGGCCCUCCGAAAGCCACUAGAAGAAGAGUUGCGUCGAAUGGAGAAGUUGGGGAUUAUUGAGAAAAAGAAUGAACCCACCGCUUGGGUACAUAGUUUAGUCAUCGCCAGAAAAGCAAAUAAUAAAAUUCGAAUCUGCAUGGAUCCUAGCGAUUUAAAUAAAGUGGUUAUGCGAGAGCAUUUUCCUAUGCAGACCGUUGAAGAAGUUGUCAGCAGAAUGCCCAAUGCCAAAGUGUUUAGUGUUCUUGAUGCCAACCAUGGUUUCUGGCAGGUGAAAUUGGCCAAUGAAAGCAGUAACUUAGCCACGUUUAAUACUCCAUUUGGAAGGUAUAGUUAUAAACGAUUACCGUUUGGAAUAGCUUCUGCUCCGGAAGUAUUUCAGAGUAUUAUGUCGAAUAUGUUUUCAGAUAUAGAAGGAGUCGAAGUUAUCGUGGACGAUUUGGUGGUCUGGGGAGAAGACGUGACGAAACAUGACGAACGACUUCGUUUGGUCUUAGAACGCUGUCGAGAUAAAAAACCUUAAGUUGAAUCCAGAGAAGUGUCGAUUUCGUGUCCCCGAAGUAAGUUAUGUUGGCCAUGUUUUGAGUUCAGAUGGACUGAAACCAGACCCCCGGAAAAUUGAAGUGAUUAAGGAGAUGCCGCAGCCUACAAAUUGCGAAGAGUUGAAGAGAUUUUUGGGCAUUGUUACGUAUGUUGCCAAGUUCAUUCCAAAUAUGACACAGAUAACAGCUCCACUACGUCAGUUGCUGGAGAAAAAUGUCGAAUGGGUUUGGGAUCAAGAGCAAAGACAAGCGUUUACAACUUUAAAGGCAGCGAUUGUCGAUCCACCAGUCCUCAAAUUCUUUGAUCAGAAACAAUCCGUGUGCUUGUCGGUUGAUGCCAGCUCGAAAGGUAUGGGUGCAGUGCUUCUUCAAAAUGAUCGUCCAGUAGCGUAUGCGUCGAAAGCGUUAACUUCAUGUCAGCAGAACUACUCACAGAUUGAAAAAGAAAUGCUUGCAAUAGUUUAUGGUUGUGAGCAUUUCCAUCAAUACCUAUACGGGCAACGCGAAGUAAUCGUGGAAAGUGACCAUAAACCGUUAGAAGCAAUACUAAAGAAAUCCAUCCAUCAAGCUCCGCUUAGAUUGCAGAGAAUGAUACUUAGACUUAAACCUUAUGCGAUUAAAGUGAAAUAUACGCCUGGGAGUCAGUUGUUGAUAGCAGAUGCUCUUUCUAGAUCACAGAUGUCUGCACAGAUAAACGAUCCAUCAGAUGAAUUUGAAGUCAAUGUUCUGGAAUCGGGUUAG